AUGUCGAAACGAGCCGCUGCAAGUCCAACCAUUGCCAACUCAACCGGUGCCACAGUUGCCGACGAUGAUGGUCCCAACGAUGAGGAAAUUGUUAAAGUCAAGAAAAGCAAAUUCUCGAUCGAAACGAUUCUCGAAUGCGACGACGACAUCGUUGCGAAAGAGCCGCCAACAAAAGCGACGCCGAAAAAGGAAAUCGCGUCGAGACCCAAACCGAAAAUUGGAAAGAAAAUCAAAGAAGGCAAUCUGGCGGGAAUCGAUUGCAAAUUGGAAGGCGCCGAAUUAUGGGAGAAAUUCUACGAUCUCGGCACCGAAAUGAUAAUCACAAAAAGUGGAAGGCGAAUGUUCCCGACAGUCAAAGUCUCGUUUAGCAAUGUGAUCAUUGAUGCACUCUACUAUGUUUUUCUUGAUGUGAUACCGGUCGACUCAAAGAGAUACCGUUACAUUUAUAAUAAAUCAGCAUGGUUAACUGCCGGAAAAGCGGAACCAGUGCCAAAAAAUCGAAUGUAUCUUCAUCCGGAUUGCCCAUUUUCCGGCGAACAGCUUAUUAAACAUGUCAUAUCUUUCGAGAAAACCAAAUUAACGAAUAAUGACGUCGAUAAAACGGGUCAUUUGAUAUUGAACUCGAUGCACAAAUAUCAACCGCGAAUUCAUAUAGUCCAGAGAUCGAAGCACAAUCCACUUGAUCCGAAUAAAGUCAAACUCUCCGAGGAGCAAUAUUGCACGUUCACGUUCCCGGAGACCCAAUUUAUGGCAGUUACAGCUUAUCAAAAUCAAUUGAUCACAAAAUUGAAGAUUGAGAAGAAUCCUUUUGCGAAAGGCUUCCGUGAUCCAAGUGGAAGAUCGCCAGAUGAAAUGGAGCGACCUGAUAUUUCACCGUUGAUGCUUUCCAAUUUCUACCAGUCAUCUGCAAUUCAGAACUCAAUUCUUCAACAAUGUUUUUCAAAGUCCUUGCAAUUCACCAAUCUGAACCCUUCAAUGCUAUCGCAAAUGCUUUUUUACCCGUCGAUGACUCCCAACUUCAACCCAUCGAAUCCUCAAAUUGCCCAAGCAUCGACCCCACUUAAAACUGAAAUUGCUGUUACUUGUGGUACUCCCGCUCCUUGCAAAAUGCUCUCCCGUCUUGCUCGUGUUCAGUCCAAAUGCAGCCAGGUUGCUUCCUUCAGCACCUCUAGAGCCGCUGCUGCACCACAGACAGUAAAGCUCUGGAUCGAUGGUCAGGAAGUCGAGUCCAAAUCGACUGAGUUCGUUGAGCUCACCAACCCAGCCACCAACGAGGUCAUCGGACUUGUCCCAAAUGCCACUCAGGCUGAAAUGCAAGCUGCUGUUGACUCUGCCAAGAAGGCCUUCGACACUUGGAAGAACACUUCUCCGCUUACCCGCCAGCAGUGCAUGUUCAAGCUUCAGGCUCUCAUCAAGCGCGACAUGAAGAAGCUCGCUGAGAGCAUCACCAUCGAGCAAGGAAAGACUCUUCCUGACGCUGAAGGAGAUGUCAGCAGAGGACUCCAGGUCGUCGAGCACGCGUGCUCAGUUCCAUCUUUGAUGAUGGGAGAGACUUUGCCGAACGUCUCGCGCGACAUGGACACUAUCUCCUACAGAAUCCCACUCGGAGUCACCGCUGGUAUUUGCCCAUUCAAUUUCCCAGCAAUGAUCCCAUUGUGGAUGUUCCCAAUGGCGUUGGCUACUGGAAAUACCAUGGUCAUCAAGCCAUCCGAGCAGGACCCAGGAGCGGCUGCUCUUCUUGUCCAGCUCGCCAAAGAAGCUGGUGUUCCUGAUGGAUGUGUUAAUAUCAUCCACGGACAACACUCCGCCGUCAACUUCAUUUGUGAUAACCCAGAUAUCAAAGCGAUCUCAUUCGUUGGAGGAGAUGCCGCUGGAAAACACAUUUACGAGCGUGGAGCCAAGAACGGCAAGCGUGUUCAGUCGAACAUGGGAGCCAAGAAUCACGGAGUCAUCAUGGCUGAUGCCAACAAGGAACAAACCCUUAAUCAACUCACCGCUGCCGCUUUUGGAGCCGCUGGACAACGUUGCAUGGCUCUCACCACCGCUGUCUUCGUCGGAGAGGCUCGCUCAUGGCUGCCAGAGCUCGUCGAGAAGGCCAAGAAGCUGAAGGUGAACGCUGGAUGGAAGCCAGACACCGACAUCGGACCACUCAUCUCGAAGCAGUCGAAGCAGCGUGUGCUCAGACUCAUCGAAAGCGCCAAAAAGGAAGGAGCCAAUGUUCUUCUCGACGGAAGCGACGUAACUGUCCCAGGAUUCGAGAAUGGAAACUUUGUUGGACCAACAGUCAUCACUGGAGUCAAGCCAAACAUGACCUGCUACAAAGAGGAAAUUUUCGGCCCAGUUUUGGUGUGCAUGGAAGCUGAGGAUCUCAACGAGGCCAUCAGCAUCAUCAACAACAACCCAUAUGGAAACGGAACCGCCAUCUUCACCAGCAACGGAGCCACCGGCAGAAAAUUCUCGAAUGAGGUUGAUGUUGGACAAAUCGGAGUCAACGUCCCAAUCCCGGUACCAUUGCCAAUGUUCUCGUUCACUGGUUCCCGUGGAUCAUUCCUCGGUGACUUGAACUUCUACGGAAAGGCUGGAGUGCAGUUCUACACUCAAUGGAAGACAAUCACCCAAUACUGGAAUGAGUCGCUCACCGAAUUGAAGCCGCAAAUGUCGUUCCCGCAACUGAAGUAA